CCUUCCAGUUACUCAACAGUAUAAACACUAUGUGUUAACUCACGUAAUAAUCAAACCAAUCAAUGUUUAGUUACAUAUCUCUAUACCACGACAAUUAAACGUUCCAUACAUACUUAUACAUUUACACAGCUAAGUUCAUUUUAAAUAAUUUUUUAUUUCAAUAAAUUAAAAGACAUUUUUUUUAAAUAUGGAAAGGUGGAUUAAUAGAGUGGCAAUUGUAACUGGUGCAAGUGGCGGAAUAGGAAAAGCUAUAACAAUAGCUCUGUUAAAAAGUGGCAUGGUUGUUGUAGGUAUUGCUAGAAGAGAAGAUCUUUUGGUGAAAUUAAAAAACGAAGUUUCCAAUCUUCAUGGUAAAUUUUAUUAUAAAUCAUUCAAUGUAAGAAAUGAACAAGAUAUAAUCGAAUGUGUUCAAUGGACUAUAAAAAUCUGCGGGAGUGUGGAUGUUUUGGUAAACAAUGUAGGAAAUUUUGACUUGGCUGGAUUAAUUGAUGAAACUAUGGAGCAUGCUAAAAUGAUCAUGGAAACAAACUAUUUAAGUGGAUGUAUUUUCACUAAAGAAGUUAUAAAAGCAAUGAAAUCAAAAGGUAUUGAUGAUGGACAUAUUAUCAAUAUAAAUAGUGUAGCGGGUCACUAUAGAUCUGAACCAACAAAAGCUCUCAUACACAAUGCUAGCAAACACUGUAUUACGUUAACAACUGAUACCAUUAGAAGAAUGUUAGUUCAAGACGGAAGUAAAAUUAAAAUAACAAGUUUAAGUCCUGGUUUAACUUUAACUGAGCAUACAAAAUCAUUUCUGGCGUCAAAGCCCGAAAUUACAUUUGUAAGAGCUGAAGAUGUUGCCAAUGCUGCAUUAUACAUUUUAGGCACACCACCAAGUAUUCAAGUAUGCGAGUUAACAAUAAGAUCUGUUGGAGAAACUAUAUAUUAAUAUUGAAAAUAUAUAAUUAUUUAUUAUAAUAAUAUACACUUCAAUAAAACAAAAAAUAUCAUAA